AUGACAAUACCCAAGCAACUCCAAAGCCGGGGCUUCACCGGAUUAAUCAAGGUGCUUCACGGCAGCGACACUUUGCGUGCGGGGCCCCCGGGUCCAAAGGGUGCCCUUGGGGGCGGGGCCCUCUGCUUGGCCCCAAGGCGCCGACCACGCUCAAGUCACCGGGGCAACGGCUACAAGCUGGCCGGCCGCUUUGGCCGCCGUGGCCCAUAUCAACACCGAGGAAGCGAAGCCCCGCAAGUCGACUGCCCGCCGCGCCAGCACCACCCCGGGCUGGACUUCAUAUGUAAUAAGAGGGGCCCGGAGGCCGCGGCUUGCACCUACGUGCCCACCACGCCCGUUGAUACUGGGAUUGGCAUCGAGAACCGCUUCUUCGAGCCGGAGCGGAUCCGGUGGGAACGGCUUGACGACAGCGCCGAGCGCCCGUCGCCGUCGUUUUUCUUUCACAAAUACCAAUUGUAUCCGUUUAUCUCGGACUCGCCGCCGGGAAUGGACGCCGUGGGGCAUCAGCGCAACCACACUGGGCUGCCGGCCUCAGCAAGCGGUCGUCACCCACUCCAAACAUCCAACCCGACAUGCUGUAUCCCCGCGAAAACUAGUGGAAUCGUCUCCCUAUCCGUGCAAUUUGUGAUCCUGGUCGCCUCGGCGUUGACGACAAUCUUCUUCUUUUACCAUGUGGGAGGCUACGAGUACAUGGGCUGGAAUGAGAACCGGACGAUUCUCGAGCCAAUUAUAUCCCCUAAUGAUUCGCGACGGCUGAUGGCCGCCACGACAAUGAUGACGGGUUUUGCGACGCUCGAGCCGACGCAAACUACUAUUAACGACAGCGGAGUGGCCGCGCUACUGGAUGGAGUGGUAGAUGAAAUUGAGACGAAUUCCACCACCCCGUUGCCAAAUUUUGGCCCCCCGAUCGACGAUAUUGCCACCGCGAAACCGAGGGCAAAACGGGCCGAGAAAGUUGAAGUCGAGACAGUAGAAGCGGAAAACGCAACUCUGACUGCUCUCCACGACUAUGAUGACAAUUCGACGCUCAGUUUUGAUGAUCAAGACGAGCAGAUGCCGAAUACGUCACUGUAUAUUGGAUGGGUGGUGGACGCCGAGAUCGAUUUUCUUGAGCUGAUCAGAAUUUCGACGCUCGUCUACCUGGCUAUGUGCGCAGUUUGGUUCCUAUCGCUGCUAUGUUUGGUGGUAGCUAUCAAAACAGAAAUUCCUGAUCUGGUGGUCGCAAAUAUGACCGUAACCCUCAUCGCGAUUCUCUACCUAAUCGUGCAUGCAUGCUUCGUCGGAAUACUAAUCUACCUACAGAUUGCCCUCAACCGCCACUUGACUACAAAAACGCUCAUAGUCGUCUUUGGGACUAUCGCAGUUCUAUUCCUAAUGGCAAUUGCCGGCUUUUUCUGCGUAGUGCAGGAUGUCGCCUUUUAUAAUCACAUCUGCUACAUCAACGAUUCAUCAGGGUGCUUGUGCCUGUCCGCCAUCGCCAACCUCAUCAAGGGCACCCGACGCCGCCGCCCAGCACACGAAUACGCACUACCAGAAAAUACCCAAUCCCCGCCCCACCACAUCCCCUACGCCGACGACCCCCAAGCCCAGGAAUUCAGCCAUUUC